GCACAGCGGUCAGUCAUGCAUCGGGGGCGUGGCACGUGGACAUGGCUCUUGGACAUGGUGAUCAGUCACACAUCGGGGAUGUGGUGCUCAGACGUGGUGCGUGGACACAGUGCUUGGAUGUGGUGCUUGGCCACGGUGCUCGGACAUGGCACGUGGACAUGGUGCUCAAGCACAGUCACACAUCGUGGAUGUGGUGCUCGGGUGUGGUGCUUGGACAUGGUGCUUGGGCACGGUGCUCGGCCAGGCAUCACGGACAUGGCACGUGAACAUGGUGCUCAGACAUGGUGUUCAGACAUGGUGCGUGGACACGGUCACACAUCGUGGACGUGGUGCUCGGGUGUGGUGCUCGAACAGGGUGUGUGGACAUGGUGCUCGGACACGGUGCUUGGACACAGUGCUCAGCCACACAUGGUGGACGUGGUGCUCGGGCAUGGUGCUCUGCUGUGGUGCUUGGACGUGGUGUGUGGACAUGGUGCUCGGGGCACGGUGCUCGUCCACAUCCCAUGGACAUGGUGUGCAGGCACCGCGCUCGGACAUGCUGUGUGGACACGGUGCACGAACGUGGUGUGUGGACAUGGUGCUCGACCACGGUGUUCAGACGCAGCACACGGACACGGUGCUCUGCUGUGGUGCUUGGACUUGGUGCAUGGACAUGGUGCUUGGGCACGGUGCUUGACCACGUCAUGGACAUGGUGCAUGGAUAUGGUGCUCGGGCACGGUGCUCAGCCAUGCGCUGUGGACAUGAUGCGUGGGUACGGUGCUCAGACGUGGUGCGUGGACAUGGUGCUCUGCUUGGUGCUUGGACUUGGUGCAUGGACUCGGUGCCUGACCAUGGUGUGUGAACCUGGUGCUCGACCGCAGUGCUCCGACAUGAGGUGUGGACACGGUGCUCAGUCGGGGGUGUGUUCACGGUGCUUGACCACGGUGCUCGGACAUGGUGCAUGGACGUGGUGCUCGGGCACAGUGCCUGACCACAUCAUGGACAUGGUGCAUGGACGUGGUGCUCGGGCACGGUGCUCAGCCAUGCACCAUGGACGUGGUGCUUGGCGACAGUGCGUGGACAUGGUGCUCUGCUUGAUGCUUGGACUUGGUGCUUGACCACAUGUCGUGGACAUGGUGGAUGGACACUGUGCUCAGAUGUGGUGUGCGGGCAUGGUGCUUGACCACGGUGCUUGGACUUGGUGCAUUGACUCAGUGCUCAGCCACGAUGUGUGAACACGGUGCUCGACCACGGUGCUGAGCCAAGGGGUGUGGACGUGGUGCUCGGACGUGGUGCUCAGACGUGGUGCAUGGACACGGUGCUCGGACGCGGUGCUCAGACGUGGUGCUCUGCUUGGUGCUUGGACUUAUUGCAUGGACUCCGAGCUCGGACAAUGGUGCUCCACCACGUGUUGUGGGUGUGGUGCUUGGCCGUGGUGGGUGGACACGGCACUCGGACAUGGUGUGUGGGCACGGUGCUCAGCCAUGAGGGGUGAACACGGCACUUGGCCAUGGGGUGUGGGCGUGGUGCUGAGCCAGGAUGUGUGACCGUGGUGCUUGGACUCGGUGCUCAGCCCAGUGCACGUGGUGUUGUGCCCACACGUGGGUGCCGUGUGUGGGUUCCACGUGUGGAUGCGGCGCUCGGGCACCGUGCACGACCACGGGGCUCGGAUGUGCUGUGUGACCGUGGUGCUCGGGGACGGUGCUCAGGCACACGUGGUGCUGGUCCGGGUGCACGGGCGUGGAGAGGGCGCUGGGCACGGUGCAUGGACGCGGUGCUUGGGCACGGUGCUCACACAGCAGGCACAGGCACGGUGCUUGGGCACAGAGCAUGGGCACGGUGCUCGGGCACAGAGCAUGGGCACGGUGCUCGGGCAGAGCGCCUGGCACGGCUGUGGUGCUCGGGCACUGUGCACCCCAUGGCACCCCCAUGGCACCCCCGUGGUGCUUGGGCCAGUGCACAGCACCCCUGACCCCACGGCACAGCCCCCCAGCACCGCCUGGCCGGGCCCUAAUCCUGGCACUGCCCCCUGCACCGUGCCAGCCCCACACCUCUGGUGCUGCUCAGCACCGCCACCCCCGGCUCCCAGCACCGCGUCCCGCACCACAAUCCCGGCUCCCAGCACCGCGUCCCGCACCACAAUCCCGGCUCCCAGCACCGCGUCCCGCACCACAGUCCCAGCUCCCAGCACCGCGAUCCCGGCUCCCAGCCCCGCGUCCAGCCCCGCGUCCAGCCCCGCGCUCCCGGGCUCAGCCCCACAUCCAGCCCCGAGCCACCCCCGCGCCCCCGCAGCUCCUCGCGCUCAUCCUCCCCCAUCCCGCUUCUGCCCGGCUCUUUCUUUUCCCCUUUUCCCCCCUUUUUUUUCCAUUUUUUGGGGUUUAUUGGUGCUACUUCCCCCCCCCCCCCCGGGCAGCAGCCCACCCGCGCCCCUCAAGGCAAAUACCUCAGCCCCCCCCAGCCCCCGCCAGCGAGUCCGGGGUGAAUCUUUCCGAAAUCAGGGAUCCUUUCGCAGCGGUGUUUCCUCCUCCUUCAUUUCCCCCUCUUUGUUUUUGCCCUCCUUUUCUCCCCCUCCCCUUUCCGCCCGGGUUUUUCCUCAGUUCUCCGCAUCCUUCAGGGAUUUACAAACCGCCGGAAUUUCAGCCUCAUUUUAAUUUCGGGAGCGAGGAGGUUUUGGGGUGGUUUUUUUGUUGGUGUUUUUGUUUUUUUUGUUUUUUUUUGUGUUUUUUUUUGCCGGUGGUUUUUUUCCGCACCGCGGCGCGAAGGAAAAAAAGAGGCGAUAAUUCCAAAUUAAAAACCAGGCGCCGUUUCUUCUCAGAUUCGGGAAUUCGGUCGGAGGCGGGGGGGGGGUAUUUUGGCGUUUUUGUUGGGCUUUUUUUUUUUUUUUUGGGAUAAUCGAGGAGGGGAGGUGGGACGGCGGCAGGUGGAGGGAGGAGACAUCGCACGGGUGUCCCGGCGGCUCCGAAAAAUCACACUUGAAGAUUUCUUGGUCGGCUCGGGACUGUGGUUACUUGAAAUGAAGUUUUUUUCCGGGGCGGAUCGAGGACCGGUAGAUUUUUUUCCCAUGUCUCAAGGCAAUAGGAUUAAUGUGUAUUAAACUGUAGAUACUUCUAGGACAGUAAAUUUAUGCUGAUAAUUUUAUUUUGUAUAAUUUUCCCGUCUUUCUUCCCCCCCCCCCCUUCUUUGUGUUGUUUUAUUUCCCCUUAACCCCCUUUUCUUUCCCCCAGUGUGUCGGUAAAUUUAUUUUUUAGGAUGCCUAAAAAUUGCAAGUUUGGAUCCUCCCCCUCCCUCCCCCCCUGGUUUUGGUUUUCUUUUUUUUGUUUGUUUAUUUUUUGUUCUGUUGUUGUUUUCUGUUCUUUUUUUUUUUUUAAUUUGUAUUUUAUUCUGAGUUGGCGCGGCCGUGGGGCCGUGGGCUGUAUUAUUCCUGAUAUCUUUAAAAUAUUGUGGGUGUUUUAAUAAAUUUUAUAUUUAUUUUUUGCACUCAA